AUGGUAGCAGCACGGCGGUAUUAUUAUUAUCUUAACGAACGUGGUCAUUUAUUUCAUAUAUUUGAUGUAAAGGGAUUUGUGCAGAGUAAACAGAAACCCGCUGGACCUGCUUACCUCCGUGAUGGAGUAUUUCUUGAUUUCUUCUAUCAACGUCUUCAACGGAAUAGUCUAACACAUAUUACGGCAUGUAAUAAUAAUAAUAAUAAUAAUAAUAAAAUGUCUGGAGGUAUUUCGGAAUCCAUAAUAGUUGAGGAUAACCUUGUAAUGACAGUGGAUCAGUUUUUACAGUUUUUUCCAUAUGUGAGUUUAUGUGGAAAAGAAAAAAAUUUUCUCAGUGUACAAGAUGCCCCCGUAGUGUUUACAGAUUAUAAUUUUAACUCAGAGUUAAAAGAAAAAAAAGAAAAAGAAAAAGAUCUAGAUAGUGUGGCUACUCUCUCCUUUGCUGGUUCUCUGCAGGAACCAUUUCAACCAUCUGCGUUAACCGUCACGCAAGCGGGAAAACUCUUUCAUCCCAUCACAACAUUAAAAUAUUUACACCGCACAACUGCUGAGCAGCCGAGUGAAAGUGUAAAAGGUCUUGUCGGGGCGCAGGUGGGGCUGAAGUUGGGAUUUGAUUUUCUCUGUGAGGAACAGAACAGGGAUGGACAAUAUAUGAUUGAGUGGAAUGGGCAGAAAUACGUUAUUCCAUAUAGUAGUGACCAGUAA